AUUUCUUCUCCUUCUUGCUUUGAGCUUUCCACAGAGCUCAAUCGCCGCGUUGUCGCGCGCGGCACCACUUCCCCUCUUUCCCUUCCCAAACAUACAAACAAAGAAAAAUAUUAGCUAAUCCAUCUAGGCCAUGAAGGUUUGUUGGAUCAUAGUAAUAUACCUAGCUUUGUUUCUCGUUUCUUCAAACCUCCACCUUUGUUCCGCCCAAGACUAUGAGGAUGAAACUCCGGCAGCCCCACCACCGGGGCAGGAUAACUGUAACGGAAUAUUCCUAAGCUACGCCUUCACUUCUCGGAGUAAAGAAUACCCCCAUCUGAAAAACAUAACAGCGCAGGCCUGGGCGUUCAGCUCCAUUGCCACCAUUGUUAAUGUCGGUACGGACGAGCUUAAGGGAUGGAAGAUGUACGUGGGGUUCCAACACAGGGAGGUUUUGGUAUCGGCGACGAACGCAAUGCUGGUCGACGGGUAUGAUUUUCCUGCUCCGGUUGGGAAUGGGACCACCUUGGCCGGGUACCCCAUGACGGAUUUGAAGACGUCAAUUGAUACGGCGGGGGAUUGGAACCAGAUUGCGGUGCAGGUGCAGUUCACCGGAACCAUGUUUGGGAUGAAGGAGAAGGAUAUUCCGAUGCCGAAGACGAUUAGUCUUGUAAAUGAUGGUUAUGUCUGCCCUAAACCUACCAAGUAUCCAACUUACAUGCAUGUGUGCUGCAAAAAGAACCCUAAAUUCAAACCAAAGCCUAUAAAGGGGAAGUACUUGCCACGGCAGUAUGGUGAUCUGAAUUUCGUCUAUGACGUCCUCACAGCCUACGAAGGCAGCUACCUUGCUCAGGUCACCAUGGACAACCACAACCCCCUCGGCCGUCUCGACCAUUGGAACCUCACCUGGGAAUGGAUGAGAGGAGAGUUCAUCCACUCCAUGCGAGGAGCUUACACCCACAGGAUUGAUUACUCCGAUUGUAUCUACGGCAACGCGGCAAAAGUUCUCAAAGGCUUCGAUUUUUCCCAGGUUAUGAACUGUCAGAAGAAACCAGUGAUUACCGACUUACCGCCGACUAGAGCCAACGACAGUGACGUAGGAAAGCUACCGUACUGUUGCAAAAAUGGAACGCUGUUGCCUGCAUUGAUGGAUGAGAGCAAAUCCAGGAGUAUUUUCCAGUUGAGGGUGUACAAGCUUCCACCGGACACGGACCAGACGGUUCUAUACCCGCCACAGAGAUGGAACAUUACGGGGGUUUUGAAUCCUCACUAUAGUUGUGGGGCUCCGACCAGAGUAGAUCCGACUGAGUUCCCGGACACGUCUGGCCUUCAGGCAACAAAGAGUGCCAUCGCCAGUUGGCAGGUUGUUUGCAACAUUACACGGCCGACCAAGGUGGACAAACCCCGGUGCUGCGUCUCCUUCUCGUCAUACUACAACUCCUCUGUUAUCCCUUGCAAUACCUGCGCAUGCGGCUGCGACAAUAUUGAUACCGAAACAUGCAACCCCGACGGAAAGGCAAUGCUUCUUCCGCCAGAGGCCCUCUUAGUCCCCUUCGUCAACAGAACCGCCAAAGCCAAAGCUUGGGCCAGUCUCAAGCACCGCCCCAUCCCAAAACGCCUCCCCUGCCCAGAUAACUGCGGCGUCAGCAUACAUUGGCACGUCGAAACCGAUUACAGAACAGGGUGGACGGCAAAAAUCACACUCAUGAAUUGGGAAGAUUACCAGUUUGAGGAUUGGUUCACCGCCGUUACCAUGGACAAGGCGUUCGCCGGUUACGAAAAGGUUUACUCCUUCAACGGAACGAAAUUGGAAAGCAUCAAGAACACUUUGUUUUUCCAGGGACUUAAGGGUCUGAAUUACUUGGUCGAAAUGCAAAACGGAACUAAGCCGUCUGACCCCAGAAUCCCUGGAAAGCAGCAGUCCGUCAUCUCCUUUACUAAGAAAAAAACGCCCGGUAUAAAGAUCGGGAAAGGAGAUGGUUUUCCUACCAGGGUGUUCUUCAAUGGAGAAGAAUGUGCACUUCCUAACGAAAUUCCUCAGAGUUCAGGCGACAGAUCUCGCAUGAAUCUUUGGCCUGUUAUAUUGGUGACGCUGCUGACAUUCUUGAUGAUUACAGAUCACUUAAUUUCUUUUUCAAAUUUUUAGAAACUUUCUGUAAGUAUUAAAAACUACUCUGGCAGUUCUUCUAUGUAUGUAAUUUUUUUUCUUCUGGGGGAGGUUAAGUACUUCUUAUGUAUUUGUGUAUUUUAGUAUCUAUAUGGUUGAAGGGAAGUCGUACUCAUUCUAACACUAAAUUAGAAAAAUUACG